CUUCUGAGUUCCCUCCCGCUGUUCAAGUUUCAAAGGGUUGGUUUUCCCAAGUUGUAUUCGGUAUAAGCCGUAUAACUACUUGCUCUUUUUUACUUGAUAUAUUGUGUUUAAUAAGAGUAUAUGGCUCUUUAGUCUUUCCUAUGUUUCUCCUAAUACUUUAUGCUGCUGUGCAUCAGCUUUUUAAGGAUUAUAGUGGCAUUGGAUUUUGAUGUUAAAAGUAGAGGGUGUAUUGGAAGAAAUUGAUCUAGAUGGGAAAUACUUGUGUUGGGCCUAGUAUCUCAAGGGAUGGAUUCCUGCAAACAGUUUCAGGUGUAGUAUGGCGAAGCCGGUUGCCAGAUGAUACAGCUUCUGUCUCCAAUGGAGGAAGCCAUCAUCAACCAACUUCACCAUCUCCUGCUGAAGCAGAAGUGUCUAUACCCACCCAAAGUGAAGCCCCUAAACAAAUGACAAUUGCAAACCCCGAAACGGAUAAAACACCGGUGGUGGAUAAACCAGAGGCUGAACCAAUGGUAAUGCCGAAAGCAGAAGCUGAACCAGUAGAACAAGCAAAACCCAAGAAACCCCUCCAAUUCAAACGAACAACUAGUGCAGGGCUUCGAGUGGAGUCGGUUUUGCUAAAAAAGACGGGAAAUAUUAAGGAAUUUUACACUUUAGGAAGAAAAUUAGGGCAAGGUCAAUUUGGGACUACAUUCAUGUGUAUAGAAAAGAGUAGUGGGAAAGAGUAUGCCUGUAAAUCAAUAGCAAAAAGAAAGUUACUGACUAUUGAAGACGUCGAGGAUGUGAGGAGGGAAAUUCAGAUAAUGUACCAUCUUGCAGGGCACCCUAAUGUAAUUGCAAUUAAAGGGGCUUAUGAAGAUGCUGUGGCAGUUCAUUUGGUGAUGGAAUUGUGUAAAGGGGGUGAACUUUUCGAUAGAAUCAUUCAGCGAGGGCAUUAUACAGAAAGACAAGCAGCUGAUCUUACAAGAAUCAUAGCUGAUGUUGUGGAGACUUGUCACUCUUUAGGAGUCAUGCAUCGCGAUCUCAAACCAGAAAAUUUCCUCUUUGAGAGUCACCACGAGAAUUCACCCCUUAAAACUAUUGAUUUUGGACUAUCUAUAUUUUUCAAACCAGGUGAGAAAUUUACUGAUGUGGUUGGGAGCCCUUAUUAUGUUGCGCCUGAAGUACUAAGGAAACAUUACGGCCAAGAAGCAGAUGUGUGGAGUGUGGGAGUCAUAGUUUACAUCCUUCUUAGUGGAGUGCCUCCUUUUUGGGGAGAAACCGAGCAAGGAAUAUUUGAGCAAGUGCUGCAUGGAGAUCUUGAUUUUUCAUCAGACCCUUGGCCGAGUAUCUCUGAAGAGGCAAAAAAUUUGGUCAGUGGGAUGCUUGUACGCGAUCCUAAAAAACGGCUGACUGCUCAUGAAGUUCUAUGCCACCCUUGGGUGCAAGUUGAUGGUGUUGCACCAGACAAACCUCUUGAUUCUGCUGUUUUGAGUCGGUUGAAGCAGUUCAGAGCCAUGAAUAAACUAAAGAAAAUGGCUCUAAGAGUGAUUGCAGAUUGCUUAUCCGAAGAAGAAAUUGCUGGACUUAAAGAGAUGUUCAAAAUGAUAGACACUGACAAUAGUGGCCAAAUCACUUACGAAGAACUUAAGGUUGGAUUUGAAAAGGCUGGUGCCAUCCUCAAGGAGUCUGAAAUUUACGAUCUUAUGCAAGCAGCUGAUGUUGACAAUAGCGGGACAAUAGAUUAUGGAGAGUUCAUAGCUGCAACGUUACAUCUAAACAAAAUCGAAAAAGCAGAUAAUUUAUUUGCGGCCUUUAAUUAUUUUGAUAAGGACGGAAGUGGUUAUAUUACUGCAGACGAGCUUCAGCAAGCCUGUGAGGAAUUUGGAAUACAUGAUGCACGGUUGGAAGAGAUGAUUAAAGAAGCUGAUCAAGAUAAUGAUGGACGUAUUGACUACAACGAGUUUGUGGCAAUGAUGCAAAGUGGACAUCCAAAAUCAGUUCCCGGCAAAGAUCAAGAAAACAAUUUCAACUUCGGAUUGAGAGAAGCGUUGAAGUUUUAGCUGUCUCGCAGGUCCGAGGAUCAUUUUUGGUGUAAGUUUGUUUUCGUUCAUCUCAUUCCUUCUUUUAUAACGGUAAACCUUGCGUAAUUGAAGGUGAUUUGUGUAAAAAAAAUUGAAGCUGUAUAGCAGAGCAUGCUCUCAGUCCUUGGUUCUUGGUGAAUGCUGCAGAUAGUUUUUUUUAGGAAUUUAGCAACUGCUGUGAUAUUUUUACCCAUAUACAACUUAAGGGAAAAAAUUGAAUGUAUUGUUUGUUGUUGCCAAUAUUUUUAAAAAUAUUUUAGUUUAGACUCUCGGACUGGUGCGUUUGAUUUUGCACCAAAGGAUUCGAGUCGUUCUG